AUGAAUGUUACUCAAAAGCAGAAACGUAGUAAGGCUGAGAGCCAGGUUAUAACUUCUUUUAAUGGCAAUCUAUAUCGGAAAAAGUUCCCAGCAGUUCGAAGACAACACAGUUUGUCCCGUGGCUUUGAAAUAAAAUCCUCACACUCUUCCAUUUUUUGUUUCUCAGAUUGUUUACUGAGAAAACAGCAAAUGACGCCAGGGAUGCUUUCAUCUGUACGUUUGCUUGAAACUAAUAUGCCAUUCAGGGACGCAAUGCCAUCUUCAAGUACAUCCUCAAAAUUGAAUGAAAAUUUCAAGCCUUCAUUUUUGGCUUCAAUUAAACCAGAAAAUUAUCGAGCAGAAAAGACCAGAUUUAUGCAGUCAAAUUACAACUACAAUCCUUGUUUUGUGUAUUCCUACCCCGUGAGCAACAAAAAGAUGAAAAGGUUCAGAGCUCCCUCAAAUAAAUAUAUGCCUGUGGCUGUUCUUAUUUUGAAGAGAGUUAUUGCUCAGUUUGGAAGUUACGAAAAUUAUGAAGAAAUUAGUGGUGGCCGUUCGCUGACAAAGGAUCAAAUUCUUAGUGUCGUACAAAGGUAUCUGAUAGCUGAUAAACUGACUGAACAAAUUCACGUCAAUCUGUGUGAUGAUUUAAUCAGUCAUGGAUCGUUAACCAGAGUUAAAGGAGAAACCAUCUUAAAUGUGCGCUGUGCCAACAUGAGGCAGAACUGGGCGGAAGGCUUGCUCAGGCAUGAGAUAGGUACUCAUUAUAUUCGGAGCAGAAACAAUAGCUGCCAGCCUUGGGGCAAGAGCAGUGUCAGGAAGGAGCUGAACAUGGGUCCAGUGAACCCAACGGAAGAGGGACUUGCAUCACUGCAUAGCGUGUUGUUUAGAACUGAGCCAUAUCUAUGGCGCGCUGCACUGCUGUACUACACAACUUACAUGGCUUCCAAGAUGUCAUUCAAAGAACUCUUCCAUGACCUGGGCAAGUUUGUUAGAAGUCCUAACGUCAGGUGGGAGUACUGUCUCAGAGCCAAAAGAGGCGAGGAGUGGACAUGCCGGCCAGGCUGCUUUUCUAAAGACCAAGUUUAUCUAGAAGGAGCACUACAGCUGUUAAAAAGGCGAAAGGUCUUAGAUUUUCAACAACUUAUUCGCCUGGGCAAGGUAUCCUUUGAAGAUCUUGACCGUCCUAGUAUCACAAACAUUGCAAAGUUGACCGAUACUCGCAUCCCGUGUUUCAUGGAAAACAUGCGUGUGUAUCUUCAAAGUCUAGAUCACAUUGCUAACACAAAUGGUCUGACGGAUUGUGUGUUGGAUUCUGUGGAUUGA